AUGCCGCGCACAACUGCAACCAGCCAGCACGAAUCCCGCGAACAUCACUUCCUGACUGCCAGCAAGCCGCGAAUGGCAAACGGGCUGGACCUUCCGCGGGAAGUGUUCGACAUAAUCUUUGCGCACCUUACCACCACAGUACCUGGCGAACUGCGACACCACCAGGCCGAACGUAUCAUGGGUACGGCAUCUCAUUUGCGGCUCGUUUGUCGACAAUGGGCGGACUGGUUAUACGAGUCUCAUCUACACCGUAGUUUAUCGUUUGGAUCCCAUUCGGCCGCGGUCGAAUUAGCUGACUCCAUUCGGCAACGCUCGGAACUUCGUCCACCGCCCGUCUGCAAAUACUUGGAGAUCGACCACUUGUGGCCUUGGCCCCGAGAUACUCUGCCCUUGGCAGCCCAUGCUGACACGGCCACUUCUGAGACUCUGGAAAUAUUACUCAAGGUAUUUUCGGAUACGAUCGUCACGCUGGAUAUCAAAUUUUAUGAUUUCUUUACGCUCCCGAGCCGAACAAUUGAUAUCAUUCGACGGAUGCCAAACCUGCGUAAUUUUACAUUCGGAAACUCACGAUGGUGGAGUGGACAUGAUGAUUUUCCUGCAACCGAUCCUGGUUGCUUCAACGCCUUGAUGAUGGCCACUCCUGGGCUCCAGUCACUUCGGCUGGACAUUCCUGUUUGCCUCCGACUCGAACCAGGUCUUCCAGCUAUCACUUAUCUGGACAUCCUACCUGCGCCAGAUGAAAACCAAGAAAUCCUUACGAGUCUUUUGGUUGCACUCAAGCCCACCCUGAAAGUACUUUCACUGCGAUAUAGAGGUUCGGAUUACGACACACAGCCUCUUUUACCAGCUUUUGAAACGAUCAGAGAAACGCUAGAAGGUCUCUCUGUGCAGACAUCCAGCUUUUUAACACCAAUCUUCAACCUCCACUUCCCCAAGCUACGAGUGGUCUCGGUUCACUCCUGGCGUGGUUCAAUCACCGAUUGGUCGACUCAAAACAUGUUUUUAUACGCUCCAAUCCGGGUCCUUGCUGUUAGCUCAUGUACGACCAAGGCGCUCGCGCCGGCGGAUCCUCUUACCGACACGGACACGUUCGCAAACCUCUCCAAGUUGGAGCAUGACAUGCCUUUGAUCAUGGCGAAAUGUCCUUUAUGA